CACGUGCACACUUUUUGUUCUGCUGCAGAAGAACAGUGUGAGCGGGAGGAGUGACAGGCAGACUGCUGCUGGUUUGAAUCAGGGUCACAUUUAUGCCUUCUUGACGCGGUGAAUCUGCCACCCCUAUCCGGCCUGCGGGCUCACAGAGGAGGCGAGGAUGGAAGUGGAGGAGGAGGAGAAGAAGGAGGAGGACUCCCACUGGGAGAUGAAGCACUUCACUCUGCCGUGGCCUCUCCCCAGGCUCCGCUCCCGCAGCGACACCUCCGGAUUCCGCGCCAGAGUGCUGUUCAGGCUCCGGGGAGCCCUCUCAGUUGAUGGGUUGGAGAAAUCAUCAUCACUGGCCAGCUGUGAUGUGUUGGUGGACAGCGCCACCAAUACCCAGAAUGCCCCUGUGACACGGCAGCAACGAGGCAAGCUGUCGUCGCUAGGAAAACUCUUCAAACCCUGGAAGUGGAGGAAGAAGAAGAGCAGCGACAAGUUCCAGGAUCUCACCAAAGUUCUGGAGAGAAAGAUCUCCACCAGACAAACGAGGGAGGAGCUCAUCCAGAAAGGAGUCAUCAUCAUUGACAAAGAUGAAACCAUCAGCAGUGAAAAUCUGAAUGGGCACGCCACAUCUAGUGUGACAUCAGAGGAGGUCAAAGUUGACAUUGAGUCUCCAGAAACAGCGCUGGAGGAACAGGCCAACGGCACGGAGGACAAAGCGGAAAGGUGCGAUACUAAACCCCUCGCCCGGGCAAAGCAGGUGCGACCCCGAGACGUUCAAGCUAAAAAACAGCCGAGCCCCGCUCUGCCCUCCUCUUCCAAACCGGCGGGUGGCACUGCAGCCACAACUAAGCACAUAGACGGUGCUUCGGGGGCUAAAAAGACUUCCAAACCCACAGGCAAGACAGGCCCAUCCACUCAAGCUAAAGCUAACCCACGGAGCACUAACAACACUAGUCGCGGGAUUGCCAAAUCCUCCCAUCCAAAGAAGACAGGAUCCACAGCAAAAAACGGCUCCACCUCCACCUCCACCUCCACUUCCACCCCUCGUUCCCGUGCAUCUAAGGACGCUUUAGCACCGACUGAGGGAACCGAUGCAAGGACCAAUCGGAAAUCAAACACUCCCACCUCUUCCUUGGUACCUCCAAAGGCCCCCGCAGAGACUCCUAGCCAGCCCGGGGAGGUAAAAUCCUCGCUCCUUUCCUCAGACACCUCAUCUAAAGCCUCCGGCAAUGAGACAGAGGGAACUCAUGCAGCUUCUCAACCUGCUGCAGAGCCUAAAUCUGCUCCCAAGGCCUCCACUGCAGGUGAGGAGACCCACAAGGGUGCGACCCCCGGACCCACCAUCCAGUCUCCCCAUAUCAACAGCGCCACAGAGGACACCUCCUUCACGGUGGGAGAGACGGGCAGCAGCUCGCAGGGGGAGAAUCGGGGGAGAACGAGAGGGGAGGGUGGAGAAGAAGAGAAGAAGAGAGGAGGAACAGAGUCUGCUGUGGAGAACAGCCCGAGGUCUGCAGCGGGCCAGGCUGAAAGGCCACAGGGCCUCAGCGUGAACACGCGGCAGGCCCUGGUGACGGUGAUCCCCGACAGGCCCAGAGACAGCCAAACGAGCGACUCUGACUCUGACGGACCAAUCCUGUACCGAGAUGAGGAGGAAGACGAGGAGGAAGACGAGUACACAACCAGCGCUCUGGCCAUAAAGAUCCGCCGACGAGACACCCUGAACAUCAAGCUGGGGAACCGUCCCAGCAAGAGAGAGCUGGAGGAGAAAAACAUUCUGCCGCGGAGCUCUGAGACGGAGAGACAUGAGAUACGCCAGCAGAUCGGCUCCAAACUAGUCAGGCGCCUGAGCCAAAGACCGUCCACAGAGGAGCUGGAGCAGAGAAACAUCCUCAGGCAAAAGAAUAUAGCAGAGGAGCGAGAAGCCAAGCAAGAGAUUAAAAGGACACUCUCCAGAAAGCUGAGUGUGAGGCCGACAGUGGCAGAGCUCGUUGAACGCAGGAUUCUGUGUUUCAACGAGUACGUGGAGGUAACGGACGCCAAAGACUACGACCGGCGGGCAGACAAACCCUGGACCCGGCUUACACCCGCUGAUAAGGCUGCUAUCCGUAAGGAGCUGAAUGAGUUUAAGAGCCGAGAGAUGGAGGUCCAUGAAGACAGCAAACAGUUUACCAGAUUCCAUCGGCCCUGAGCACUCUCACUGCCAGCUGGACAUCAGCGCCACACAUCUCCGGUCCACAGCUCCCAGCAGCCCCCUCCCCCCGGUCCUCCAGAACCUCAGACCCUCAGACCCUCAGACCCCCAGACCCUCCAGACCCUCAGACCCCCAGACCCUCAGACCCCCAGACCCUCCAGACCCUCAGACCCCCAGACCCUCAGUACACAGCUCAGUCCAUUUCUCUUUGGGAUCCUCUUGCAUCUGAUGAAAUACAUUUCUGUCUAUAUUGACAGUAACAGGUGUGUCUUAAGGCCUCGGCCAUCCGUGGACACCAGUGAAACAUUUGCACAUAUCUAUAGUCAGGACAGUGGCGUGUAUAGCACUCUGAUUAUAUUAUUUAUUCUAUAUGGCCAGAACAUGCUGGUAUGUGAUGUUUUUUUUCUGUUUUUGUUGUUGUUUUGGUUCAUUUCAUCAUAGACAGGCUCCAAAAAAGUGGGCAAUGUGACCUUUUUAGUAUCGUGAAUGUGGAUCAGCUGUAGUAGAGAGUUUGUGUACUUGCCACGGUAGGCCUUGUUUAUGAACAGCCACAUGUCCAUAUAUGGGCAUCCUCCUAGAACAGGAAGUGGCAGUGAUUGGAUGGUUGCGUGCCGGUCUCAGUGCCAAUGUCACAGAUCAGAAGGGAGGAGAGGCAGUGGAUUCGGCUCUGAUGUGCCUCCUCGGAGUUGGAUCUGAAAUACUGCAGUUUUAAACACAUUUAAAGUAUAUUGCCACUAGGGGGCAUUAUAUCAUUAGAGUUAUAAUCUGUGAGUAUGAAGAUUUUAAUGUAAUCUGCAAGUGUUGUACUUCUAACUGCUGAUGCCUAGGAAUCGGUGAGCACCUGAGGCUCUUAACAGUGAAGUGCAAUGGGAAUCACUCCAGUUCUAGACAAUAACUAUCCCUCCGCCUCCUGAUGAUACACGGUGACCACGUGUGCCAUCAUAUACUGUAUCUGACAUUGAGUUAUUAAGUGCAAACCCCUGUUCACAAAGUGCUGGACUUGCUGUUUAGAGGAUCUACUUUUCAAGCUUUGACUUUUCAUUUUAGGCUUUUGGCUGAAGCUCUAAUUUGGUGCCAAAGAAAAAGCAGGUAUUUGAUUCUACGUUUGGUUUGUUAUGUGAUUCGGCGUGGCGGACUUCCCAGGGUGGUUUUAUAAAUGACCAACAGGCACUGAGAGUUUCCCCACUGAAGCAAUCAACAGUCCUCUGGAAGAAGUCGAGAAGUACCUUAUUUUCCAUUUCCUUGAAUUUGCUCUUGCAACUUCAUCUGUGGUCCUUCUACAUCUCGCCCUAACAUGCACAGUGCAUCCAAAGAUAUGCUUUUAUUGCGUUUGAUUUAUCAUUUGAACCUCAGAAUAGAAAAGAAUUGUUCCAACCUUUUUGGGGAAAUACACAAUAACACCGUCUCACACUUUGUUGGUGAGUGUUAAGUUUGAAGGUCAAUGCCAGCAGCAGGCUACAAGCUUAUUCUUUAGCUCAAUGAGAGUAUAUCCCAAAAGUUUGAGCCAUUAUUAUUAUUAUUAAAUAUCACAUGUCAAGCAAAACUAAUAUAUUGAUUUGUGUUAUAGUAAUCUAAGCAGACACAAGGCCGGUUAUAAGGCAGAAUAAUGUAUUUCCUGGAAAUAUGUUUCGACCCUAAAUUUAUGAUUUAUUGGCCACGUGGCUGAGGUAGUUUGGUUUUAUGGAUGUCUAGCGUUCACCUUCGGUGCAUUUAUAGAUUUUCUUCUUUGAAGUGCUCCAAUACUACAAGAUGUAUUUUAAUGUGAAGGGGCUCAAUUAAUAACGCUUUGUUUUUGUGUGAAUGGCAAAAUGUUUGGCUGAAAUGGGGAAGGACCGAAAACCUUAUAGAUUGCUCUCCGUUAUAUAAUAUCACGAAUAUAAGAAGCUGGGACAGAAAUAAAAACAAAACUCGGUCUAGAGGUUUAUAUAAGAAUUAAACUUUUUUUUUUUUUAAAAGAUGUUUUUCUUCCCAGCAUAUUUGGACUAUAGAGGAGAUGUUGACUGAAAAGUGGUUGACAUAUUGAGCUUGCUGACGUCCAAAGGCUCGUGUUCUCAUAAUAGACCUCCAACCUCGACCACAUUCGUCAUUCUAUACAAAUAAGAAUUGAAAAAGACAGAUUUAUUCUUUCUGCUUCUGAAUGUGAAUGGGUUUGUAACAUGAAAUGAUGUACAGUGAUGGAA